CGCAGGGACCCCGACGGCCAGCCCGGGACCCGCCCCGGAGAACGCACGCCUCCAUUGGACGACGAGCCCCCCGAGAAGCCACGCCCCCUGGGAAGCCUCGCCACCCCAUUGGACGCCGCGCCCCGGGAAGCCACGCCUCCAUCGGAAGCCACGCCCCCUGCGGAGCCGCGCCCCCGAGGAGCCGCGCCUCCAUUGGACGCCACGCCCCGGGAAGUCACGCCCCCUGCGAGGCCACGCCCCCUGCGUAGCCACGCCCCCCCCGAGGAGCCGGGCUGCCAUUGGACGCCGCGCCCCGGGAAGCCCCGCCCCCAUUGGAAGCCACGCCCCGGGAGGCCGCGCCUCAUUGGACGUCACGCCCCUGGAAGCCACGCCCCCUGGAAUCCACACCCCCAUUGGACGCCGCGCCCUGGAGAAGCCUUGGGGACGCCCCCUGGGAAGCCUCGCCCCCAUUGGAAGCCUCGCCCCUUGCAAACCACGCCCCCCAGGAAGCCACGCCCCUUGAAAAAGCCGCGCCUCCAUCGGAAGCCACGCCCCUGGAUAGCCACGCCCCCCGGGAAGCCUCCCCCAUUGGACACCACGCCCUUGACAAGCCACGCCCCCUGGGGAAGCCACGCCCCCGAGUACCUAUUCCCCCAUCGGACGCCUCGCCCUUAAGAAGCCACGCCCCCUAGAAAACCACGCCCCACUGGACGCCACGCCCUGGAGAAGCCACGCCCCCGUGGGAAGCCUCGCCCCCAUUGGAUGCCGCGCCCCGGGGAAGCCACGCCCCCUGGGAAGCCACGCCCCCUGGGGAAGCCACGCCCCGGAGUACCUAUCCCCCAUUGGACGCCUCGCCCUUGAGAAGCCACGCCCCCUGGAAAGCCACGCCCCCAUUGGACGCCACGCCCCGGAGUAGCCACGCCUCCUGGGAAGCCACGCCCCCGGGCCGCUGCCAUAGGUGUUGACCGGGAUGGCCUCUGAGACUUGGGACUUGCAUGGGAAUUUUGAAUCGUGAAUGACAGGCUGGGAUGGUAAAGGAUGAAUGUAGUCGGGACCGACAGCUGUUUCCUGCCAGAAGCCUUCCUCUGCAAUAGCCCUUCCAGCCCGCGGCAACCCGGGAACACAGGCCCGGUCCUGGGGGGAGCCCGCAGUCUUCCCCGAGCAGAAGCGGAGGAGAACAAAUGCCUCUGGAACGAGCAGGAGCCUGACGGCUGAAGUGGAGCCUUCCCGGGGAAAAUGUCGUCUCUAACAGUGGGAGCCCCGUGCCGGGACAAGAGAGGAAGUUUCUUUAAGCUCAUUGACACCAUCGUCUCGGAGAUCGGAGAACUGAAGCGGGAGAUGGUGCAGACAGAAGUCCGCCUGGAAGAUGUCCUGGGAGCCCCAGGAAUGCCAAGUGCGCUGAAGGACACGGAUGACGCCGUUCCGGAGAAGAAGGAUCCCAAAGCCUACCCCCGGGAUUCCGGCUACGACAGUCUCUCCAACAAACUCAGCAUCCUGGAUCGGCUUCUUCACACGCAUCCCGUAUGGCUGCAGCUCAGCCUCAGCGAGGAGGAGGCCAGGAGUACCCUUCGGACCCAGCCUCCGGGAAUCUUCCUCGUUAGGAGAUCCACCAAAAUGCAGAAGAAAGUCCUCUCACUCCGCCUGCCUGAUGAAUUUGGGGCCCCGCUCAAAGAAUUUGCCAUCAAAGAAAGCACAUACACCUUUUCCUUAGAGGGCUCCGGGAUCAGUUUCGCCGACCUGUUCAGACUCAUUGCUUUCUACUGCAUCAGCAGGGACGUUCUGCCUUUCACCUUGAAGUUGCCUCAUGCUGUUUUAGCAGCGAAGACCGAAGGAGAGCUGGAAGACCUGGCCCAGUUGGGACUGAAUUUUUGGAACUCUCCCGCCGACAACAAGCCACCCAGCCCCCCGCCGCCUCCGUCCCACCAGCCUCUCCCCUCAGAAGGUGCCGGUCGGGUUUCACGUCAGCUCUGCCUCCUAAAUGGCGCGCGCGUGCUCCGGACCAGGACGCCCUCGGAGCUGGAGUGCAGCCAGAGCAACGGCGCCCUGUGCUUCAUUAACCCCCUCUUCUUGAAAGUGCACAGCCAGGACGUCCGGACCGGUCUGAAAAGGCAGAGCUCCCGGGCUCCCGGAGUGAAUGGCCGUGAGGCGCCCCGCUCCCCGCCCCCCAGGCCCCCGCCUCCGUCUAUUAAUAACCUCCAACCGGGCCCCCCCGCGGGCAGCCCCGUCCCUCCGGCGAGCAUGCCGGAGACCGGCAACCGGGGCCUACACGGGGACGUAGGCGUGCCGGGAAAGAAACCAACCCCCGUCCCCCCUCCCCGCCUGAAGAAGCAGUCGUCGACGUCCUCGGAGGCGGAAGGCUGCCCCUCCAAGACCCCGGCGGGGAUUCGGCCCGGGCCUCGCCCGGGGCCGGCGCCGGGGACUCCCGGCCCACCGGGCCAGGUGCCGUCGGAGCCCGAGCCCGCGGACGGCGGGAAGGCGCCCGUCCCCAGCUCGGAGGCUCUGCUGCUCCUGCAGGAGCCGCAGGACCAGCAGCAGCAGCAGCAGCGCAGGGAAGCGAGCCGGCAGCGCCUCAGCGACAUGAGCAUUUCCACUUCCUCGUCCGACUCGCUGGAGCUGGAGCGGAGCAUGCCGCUGUCCGGCUGCGAGGGGGACACGGCCAGCAGCCUGGAGGACUACGAGGGCGAGAGCGACCAGGAGGGCAUGGCCCCGCCGCUCAAGUCCAAGAAGAAGCGGACCGGCUCCUUCGUGCUGCCCAAGAUCGUCAAGUCCCAGCUGCGCAAGAUGAGCGGCGUGUUCAGCUCCUUCAUGACCCCCGAGAAGCGGAUGAUCAAGAAGAUCGCCGAGCUGUCCCGGGACAAGCGGACUUACUUCGGCUGCCUGGUGCAGGACUACGUGAGCUUCCUCCAGGAGAACAAGGAGUGCCACGUUUCCAGCACCGACCUGCUGCAGACCGUCCGGCAGUUCAUGACCCAGGUGAAGAACUACCUGGCCCAGAGCUCGGAGCUGGACCCCCCCAUCGAGUCGCUGAUUCCGGAAGACCAGAUAGACGUGGUGCUGGAGAAGGCCAUGCACAAGUGUAUCCUGAAGCCCCUGAAGGGCCACAUCGAAGCCAUGCUGAAGGACUUCCACGCCGCCGACGGCUCCUGGAAGCAGCUGAAGGAAAACCUGCAGCUCGUCCGGCAGCGGAGCCCUCAGGACCUGGGGGUCUUCGCCCCCACCCCCGACUUUGUGGACGUGGAGAAGAUCAAGGUCAAGUUCAUGACCAUGCAGAAGAUGUAUUCCCCCGAAAAGAAAGUCCUGCUGCUGCUCAGAGUCUGCAAACUCAUUUACACUGUCAUGGAGAAUAACUCAGGGAGGAUGUAUGGUGCGGAUGACUUUCUGCCGGUGCUGACCUACGUAGUAGCCCAGUGUGACAUACUGGAACUGGACACGGAAAUCGAGUACAUGAUGGAACUGCUGGACCCGUCGCUACUGCACGGAGAAGGUGGCUACUAUCUGACCAGCGCCUACGGGGCCAUCUCUUUGAUCAGGAAUUUCCAGGAGGAGCAGGCAGCCCGGCUACUGAGUUCAGAGACCAGAGACACCCUACGGCAGUGGCACAAGAGAAGGACGACGAAUAGGUCCGUCCCCUCCGUGGAUGACUUCCAGAAUUACCUGCGCGUGGCGUUCCAGGAGGUGAACAGCGGUUGCACCGGGAAGACCUUACUCGUCAGGCCCUACAUCACCACCGAGGACGUCUGCCUGCUCUGUGCGGAAAAGUUCAAAGUGGACAAGCCCGAGGAGUACAGCCUCUUCCUGUUCGUCGACGAGACCUGGCAGCAGUUGACCGAGGACACUUACCCCCAAAAGAUCAAGGCGGAGCUGCACAGCCGCCCCCAACCCCAGGUCUUCCACUUCGUCUACAAGCGCAUCAGGAGCGACCCGUACGGUGCCGUCUUCGGGGACGGGGAGGACGUCCGCCCCGCCUCGUAGGGGGCGGGCGGGGGGAGGAGGGGGAUGGCUCCGAAGGGUGCCCGGGUGCGGCGUCGGACCGCGGGAACCGUUCCCGCUCGGUCGCCGACUCCUGGAAACGGCGAAUCCGACUUCAGCCGGCACUCUGCGCCGGGGCGGGCGGGGGCGAGGCCCUGCGGCAAGGCCCGGGGACCAUCCGGAGCCACGGUAACGUGACCCUCGAGGCGGAGUUUCGUGGAAAGUUAAGACCCCCCUCGAGGGCGUUACGCCGGGUCCGCCCCCUGGCCGUCUCCCGGCCGCUCCGGGACCGGAGUCUGUACCGAAUAAACCUUUCCGGGGCCGACGGCUCUCCUGAUUUCCCCGGCGGGUGUGUGACGGGACCGUCCGACGCGGUGCGUCGGUCAGCUCACGAUUCUGGGGUGACUACAUCCUGUUGGAAAACCCAUUUUUUUUUUUUAUAUAUAAAAAGGCUUCUUUUUUAUAUAUUUCAUAGAAAUUUUUAUAGCAGUUGCAGGUAAACUGUCAGGGUUGGUUUUUAAAAUAUUUUUUUAACUAUAAAAUAUUCUAUAAUUAUGCAUGUGAUUUUAACAUUUAAUAGACAAAAAUAAAUCUCUUGCUGGUUUUAGAGUAUUGCAUCGAAGUCUCUCUCUCUUCGUUAACUGGACGUCCAAGAAAGUCGUGAGGCGAGAUGGUCGGUCUCUGUAAGCGGUUUGUAUCACUGACACUGGCCCCUGGCUGCCUUUAGGUGUUGUUUUGUUACUUUGACAGUUGUAAAUGUACGGUGGCGUUUUGCUAAAUAAACGAUUUGGGGGGGAGGGGACCCGGGAGGGAGGGUUCGGCGGGGUUGGGCCGGGGGCGGGGAGGGGGGGACGAACCCGAAAGAAACGAACGUAGAGAAAGGUAGAGAGAAGGUUCAGAGUUUAAUCUGGGAAUGAAACGCGUAGUAGUCUGCUGAUUCAGGCUCCUCGCAGACAGCGGGCGAAGGAGACGGAGAGGACUCCGGAUGCUCUAAAGGCUCGGUUGAUUAGCCCGUCCCGGGUAGAGUCGGCCUUAGCCGACCGGCCGGGAAAAUCACAAGCCCCAACGCUCUCUGCGGCCUCCAGGAGGAGCGGCCCGUCGGCCCUGCUCGCCGCAGUCUCUGAGCCGAUCGAACGGUACCUUCCAACGUCCCCCUUCCCUCCGUCUUCCUUCCCUCCGCUCCGGUCCCCGGUUCCCGCCGAACUCCGGGGAAAGGGAGAGGAGGCCGGCUGGGCCGGGAGGCUCUGACGACCGCCAUUAGGCGGUCCGGGGGGGGGGGGUGGGUGAAGCUGGGGGUAGACUUGGAGGAUCGAGGGCGGGGGGAACCGCGACUCUCUCUCCCCCCGGCCCGCCGGAGCCUUAAUCGGUUCUUAACGAGAACACUAAUUCGACUCCCGCAGUCGGUGCCGUCGGCAUCGCAGCGAUCGGUCGUGGAUCGUGUCACUCUUCUCGAUCGUCGGAUUAUGGCUUGCUUCGGUCUCCCGUGAUGUCGCAGAUAAAUCCAUCCUCGUGCUAGAAAUGUACGGUGAAAUUAAGUUCGCAUGUUUUAUUAAACCCGUCGGAGAGCGCGCCGAAUAUUAGGUUUAUCGUGGCGGUGUGACAGUCCGGAAAGUCGCGGGAACGCUGGUAUUUACCUGUGAGGAUUUGUAGCUGUAUUUUACCUGUAUGGAUCUGUACCUUUUUAGCAGUGGUUCUCGCCGUGUAUCCGAAACCGGCAGCACGUGUCGUGUUGUGUCGGCCUUUUGUAGACGAUGAGUUUUGCACAUAAUACAUUGUAAUUCUGUACAAUAA